CGCCGUGCUCUGUAUUCGGAGAGGCGGCGGCGCCCGCUUUCCGGCAGGACAGCUAAACUGCCAUUUCCGAAGAGAAAGGAAACGGCCCGCGGGUUCUGGGGUCCCCAGGCGCGCGCCGGCGGGGAGGGCGGGGAGCAGAGUCGCCACGCCCGGAGCUGCAAGCCCCGCCCGGUCCCGCCGCCCCGUCUCCGCGCGCGGCGCCCCCUCCAGGCCCCGCUCCUGCGCCCUAUUUGGUCAGUCGGGGGGCAGGCGGCGGGGCGGCGAGAGGUGCGCGGCGGAAGGGGACGCGGAGCGGCUUGGAGUGCGCAGAAGGGCCGCUGUUGCCACCUCCGCUGGGGACCCACGAGGCCGCCGCGUCCUGCCCUCGGAACAAUGGGACUCGGCGCGCGAGGUGCCUGGGCCGCGCUGCUCCUGGGGACGCUGCAGGUGCUGGCGCUGCUCGGGGCCGCCACGGACCCCUCAGACCCCUCGGCAUCUGCAAACAAAGGGAAUUCUGUGCCUCAACAAAACUCCAGUGCUAAUGCAACAGAGAAUAUCCAACAUGUGCUUCUCAACAGUACAAGUAAACCUUCCAACAGCACUGUGAAACCAACAGCUCCACUUUCCUCAGUCGUGAGCAGUAUAAAACCCACAGCAACAUCCAAAACGACGACUUCAGGGGUGGCCUCAACAAAUAUGACUUCUACCACCUUGAAGUCUACACCCAAAACAAGUGUUUCACAAAAUACAUCUCAGAUGUCAACAUCCACAAUGACCACAACCCACAAUAGUUUGGUGACAUCUCUUUCUUCAUCAAUAACAAUCACAGCAACUAUUCAUUCUAAAGAAAAAGGAUCAAAAUUUGAUACUGGGAGCUUUGUUGGUGGUAUUGUAUUAACACUGGGAGUUUUAUCUAUUCUUUACAUUGGAUGCAAAAUGUAUUACUCAAGAAGAGGCAUUCGGUAUAGAACCAUAGAUGAACACGAUGCCAUCAUCUAAGGAAAUCCCAGGACCAAGGAAAGAAGACAAAUUGAUUUAGCCCUAUCAAUUUUGAUUAGUAGUUUAAAAUCAUAUUCUCUUCUUGAAAAUAGUAUAAACAGGCCAUGCGUGUAAUGUACAAUGCAUUACAUCAAUAUGUAAGGAUUCCUCAGGAUUACUAAAGGUAAAAAGGGUUUGGUUUGGGUUUUUUAAUAAACAGCUAGAGCUUACAGUCAGUUAAUACAAUGGUUACAUCCACUUUUAGCAAAUUCAUAGUAAAUUUUUAUGGCAUUGGUCACAUAGGACCAAUAAUUGAAAGACAUCAUUACUGAAGGGCAGGAUGGCAUCUGAGGGUUACAAAUAAGAAGCCUGCCAUAGCACUCAGGAUUCUGAAUGUCUUUGUUGCUCACACAAAGAACUUGCAGUGCUUUUCAGAGCUGGGUAUAUCCUAAUUACUGAUGCCACACAACAGAAUUUAUACAAUCGAGUAAACCAGGUCUUAAGUGUAACUUAAAGCAUCAACAUUUUACUUAUUUUAAAGUGUAGUAUUUGGUCUAGAAAUAAAACACACAUCAAUUUUUUUUAAAAAGCUUCAAAUAAAACCUGUUAGAGAUCCAUUGGAUCAUUGGAGAA